GCCAUUUUGUCUGUUCAUGCAAGUCCACCCCUCACGUUCAAGAACUGCGUUCCCACUUCGAAAUUACCCGAAAUAUUGUAUUUAUAUCGCUUUAUUUAUACUAUGUAGUACUUUAAAACGGAUUUUAAAAAUCCGUUUAAUAUUAAAAGUUCGAAGAGGAUAUUUUCUUCGAAAUAAAUUUCGUAAUUUGUGUUGUGCGCACGGAUAAUUAAGGUUAUGUCGUGCGAGGAAAGCUACUUAGCCAUCAGACGUUAUCUGUCCGACGAGCGGGAGCCGUACGCACCGGGGACCCAUGGCAACACUAAAAGAAAGAUACGUAAAGCAGCCGCUUGCUAUGUCGUGCGGAAUGGCACACUGUACUACCAGAGAAGGCAGAAGGGCCUGGAUGAAUUCACCGAGUUGGAAGUGGUGUUGCAGGCAGGACGGAGGAAGGAACUGAUCGACGAGUCACACAUUGUGGCCGGAGGAGAGCACCUCAACCAGCAUCACACUUGGGAAUCAAUUUCUCAGAAGUAUUGGUGGAGAGGUAUCCUGAAGCAGGUGAAGGACUACAUGAGACAAUGUAGUCAGUGUCAGAACAGACAGGACCGGAGGGGGCUAUUGGAGGAGGAUACCGGACCCAGGCUGGUUGGCCGACCAGGGAGACGCAGGAGGGUCACAACCCCAGCCAGCGAGGAGGAGGAGGAGGAGGAAGAGGAGGAGGAGGGAGAUGACGAGAUGGACUUUGUGACUUCCGUUCAUCACAAGACCCGGAGCCCGGUAGCCAAACACGAACUGGUCUUUGUGGACAGUAAGGGAGUGGUGAAGCAGUACCUUCCCAGACACGGUCAGACGAUGCUGGACAAGCUGAACCAGCAGCGCCUCAACAACCAGUUCUGUGACAUCACGCUGCUGAUCGAGGGGGAGGAGCACAGGGCCCAUAAGGCUGUGCUGGCCGCCUGCAGCGACUACUUUAAUGAGCUGUUUAUAGAGAAGGGAGCUGUGUCCAGUCACGAAGCGGUGGUCGACCUCUCAGGUUUCAGCAAGGUCAGUUUCCUCCCCCUGCUAGAGUUUGCAUACACCUCCAACCUCUGCUUCAACUUCUGUGUGAUGGCCGACGUUGCCACGCUGGCCCGACACCUUCUGAUGGCCGAGGUCCUUCAGAUCUGUGAGUCCGUCCACAAGAAGGUAGAGGAGCAGAAGCUGAUGGUCUACCAGCAAGGAGACAUCCACACGGUGGUGUCCAGCCAGCCGGCACCCCAACAGGCCCCGAAUGAAGACCCUGGGGCCUACAUUAUGACUAUCGGCAGCGACGGCCAUGCCGUGGUGACUCAUACUGGGCUAGCUGGAGCAGGGGAGGACCUGGACUCCCAAGCUGUCAUGGCAAACACAGCAGAGUCCUUCAGAGGGGAUCUGACGUCUGUAGUCAACCAGGCUCUGGGAGGUGAACCAGGGGAGACUAUGACCGUGGUUGGGGAGGCAGGGUCAGAGACGGUGACUCUAGUCACCCACAGUAGCCAGGCCCGGGUAGGCGAGUCGGUCACCCUCUUCUCCCCUACUGGAGAGACCGAGACCAUGACGGUCGUGACCCACAGCGGCCAGGCCGGAGCCAGUGAGUCCCUGGCUGUGGUGUCAGCCUGUCUGGCUCUGGAGCAGCAGCCGCAAGACGGGGAAGAGGGAGAGGGGGCCUCCCCCUCCAUGGAGCCAGGGGCCUUCCUCAUCAGUGUGGACCCAGGGAAUGUUGCCCCUACAGAGGUGGUCCAUCUGGCUGUAGUGACACUAACACCACAGGAGAAUGCGUCAACAACAUCAUCAUCAGCAUCCCAGAAGGCAGAGUCAGCCCCCCAGGCCUCCCCCAAGCCUCCCCCUGCUCCACAACUCCCCAAAAGGAAGAGAGGGCGUCCUGCCAAAGUCAAGCAGGAAGUUGUGGAGGAGCCUCCUGUUGACGAGGAAGUGCCAGAGCCAGUUUCUCCCCCUGCAGAGGAGAUCCAGGAAGAUAUGCAGGGGACCCAUGACCCCUAUAAGAGACGUCUACGGCAGCGUUCCGUGGGGGAGGGAGGGUACGUCAGACUACACAUGGGGCUGGAGAAGGACCCAGCACCCCCACAGCUCCCCAACACCCCCAAGAAGAGAGGUGGAGGCGCCAAGAGACCAGUUAAAGUGAUCGAGGCCGCAGCGACACUGAUCGGGAUGGAGACUGUUGUCCAGACGGACAUGGAGGAGAUCCUGUCAGUGGAGGGCGUGGCAGACGGAGCUGAGCCUAUCACAGAGCAGGCUGUGGGGGAGUGGCCAGAGCAUGGCCCCGCCCAUCCAGAUGGAGGGAGUGAGGUGGAGGGAGAACACGUCUGUUCAGAGUGUGGACUGUCGUUUCAACGACGCUACGCUCUCAUCAUGCACACGCUCAAACACGAGAAGACCAGGCGAUUCAAGUGUAGUUUAUGUAACAAGGAGUUCCAGUACGCGGCCUCUCUGAGGGCCCAUCUGACCAGACACAAGCACCAGAAGAGUCAGAGGCCACCCCUGGUCAGGGUCCCCCAGCCCUACGGCGAGGAGGGCCUCGAGGUGGACGGCAGGACCAAGGGACGCACCAAGAGAGAGUUUGUCUGUGACAUCUGUGGAAAGACUCUUCCUAAGCUGUACUCUCUGAGGAUUCACAUGCUGAACCACACUGGGGUACGGCCCCACUCCUGCAGGGUCUGUGGGAAGACCUUUGCUCAUAAACACAGCCUGAAGAUGCACAGAGGUCUACAUGACGCUGUUAAACAGUUCCACUGUCUGCUCUGUGACAAGUCCUUCGUUAGUAAGAGAAGUCUGGAGGAACACACCAGUAUUCACACAGGUGAAUCUAAGUAUCUCUGUACCCAGUGUGGGAGGUCGUUCCACCGAGCCUCUGGUCUGAGUAAACACUUAAAGAGGCACCAGCCCAGACCUGACGUACGAGGAUUCCCCUGUAGUCACUGUGAUAGAAGUUUCUUUGAGGCCAAAGACCUGCAGCAGCACAUGAACAAACACCUGGGACUCAAGCCCUUCCAGUGUCAGAUCUGUGGGAAGUCGUACAGCUGGAAGAAGGACUGGUACUCCCAUGUCAAGUCCCACAGCGUGGCCGAGCCUUACAGGUGUACCGUCUGUGGUAAGGAGUUCUUUGAGAAGGCUCUGUUCAGGAGGCACGUGAAGAAGGCCACGCAUGGCAAGAAGGGCAGAGUCAAGCAGAACCUAGAGAGAGAGUGUGAACACUGUGGCAGGAAGUUCACCCAGCUCAGAGAGUACAGACGACACAUGAACAACCACCAGGGAGUCAAACCCUUUGAGUGUCUGACGUGCGGAGUAGCCUGGGCCGACGCCCGCUCUCUGAAGAGACACGUACGCACCCACACCGGCGAGCGCCCUUACGUGUGCCCCGAGUGCCAGGAGGCCCACAUCGACGCCCGCUCCCUACGGAAGCACAUGACCAAGUACCACGGCGACCUCCUGCCGGGGAAAAUCAUGCUGGAGAAGGAUACCCUACAGUUUCACAACCAGGGUACUCAGGUGGAACACGCCGUCUCCAUCCUGGCGUCCGAUCUCCCCCCCGAGCUCCGGCCCGUCCAGCCGCCGCCGGCCGAGGAGAUCGAGACGGUGCUGAUCACGGAGGAGACGGUGGAGGCGGUUCAGGCCGUUCAGGGUGACGGGGUCACGACCUUGUCAGACCAGAGCAUCAUGCAGGUGGUGAACUAUGUGCUGUCCCAGCAAUGUGUGCUGCCUGGGGGGGUGAAGAUGGAGGGAGAUGAAGGGCAGGAGGUAAUGCAGACCAUGGAGCAGCAGGAGGUUAUACAGACCGUGGAGCAGCAGGAGGGAGAUGGAGGGCAGGAGGUUAUACAGACCAUGGAGCAGCAGGAGGGAGAUGAAGGGCAGGAGGUAAUGCAGACCAUGGAGCAGCAGGAGGGAGAUGGAGGGCAGGAGGUUAUACAGACCAUGGAGCAGCAGGAGGUUAUACAGACCAUGGAGCAGCAGGAGGUUAUACAGACCAUGGAGCAGCAGGAGGUUAUACAGACCGUGGAGCAGCAGGAGGUUAUACAGACCAUGGAGCAGCAGGAGGUUAUACAGACCGUGGAGCAGCAGGAGGUUAUACAGACCGUGGAGCAGCAGGAGGUAAUGCAGACCGUGGAGCAGCAGGAGGUUAUACAGACCGUGGAGCAGCAGGAGGUUAUGCAGACCGUGGAGCAGCAGGAGAUUAUACAGACUGUGGAGCAGCAGGAGGUUAUACAGACCAUGGAGCAGCAGGAGGGAGAUGGAGGGCAGGAGGUUAUACAGACCGUGGAGCAGCAGGAGGUUAUACAGACCGUGGAGCAGCAGGAGGUUAUACAGACCGUGGAGCAGCAGGAGGUUAUACAGACCGUGGAGCAGCAGGAGGUUAUGCAGACCGUGGAGGGCAGGAGGUUAUACAGACCGUGGAGCAGCAGGAGGUUAUACAGACCGUGGAGCAGCAGGAGGUUAUACAGACCGUGGAGCAGCAGGAGGUUAUACAGACCAUGGAGCAGCAGGAGGGAGAUGGAGCAGCAGGAGGGAGAUGGAGCAGCAGGAGGUUAUACAGUCUGUUGAGGUGACUCGCAUGGCAGAGGUGGAGGGAUGUGACAGACGGCACCUAGUAGACUGACUCAGUCACGAGGCCAGCGUUUCCCAAACUCAGUGCACAUUCUGGUUUUUGCUCUUGACACGACACAGCUAUUUAAAAUGACCAACUCACCAUGGAGCUUUGAUCAUUUGAAUCAGCUGUGUCGUGCUAGGCCAAAAGCUAAACAUGCCCCCCUUGGCACUUUUGUAACGGCCAUUUCCUGCAAUCUAGAGCAACAAAAAGGCCUUGAAUGAUAAAGUUUUAAAAAAGAACUUGUUUUCUUUAAUUUAAUUUUACGUAGUGGCGCUGCUAGUCCACAAGGUGGCACUGCGCCCCCUCUUCCAUUCUUUGUGGAGAACCCUGUAGUGUCCCUGAAUCAGCUGGUCAGGUCCGGUGACUAGGGCUAUGUGGUUACUCUAUCCUCUGUAGAGUACAUUACUGUCGACCAGGGCCCAUAGGGCUCUGAGUGGGCCGCUAUGUAAGGAGGGGGUAAGGGGCCAUUUGAGAGGCACCCUUGGAAUGCUAAUCAUAAGAGAAGUGAGUAGUAGACCUGCUUCCUUGACAGAGAUGGGACUGUGUGGAGUAACAGGGCACCUGGGGUUCAGUAGGACACAAAGAAAAGUCAUCUGUGUUGUUAUUGGACAGAUUGAGGUCCUGCCUGGCUGUUUUCGUCCUGUUGACCAGGCCCCUGCUCCGCCUCAACCCAGGGACCAUCCUUCUCUCUACAGUGGGACAGAAAGUACAAAGUCGACUUUUAUUUUGUUUAUGUACAUUGAAUGAACUGAGGUUUUGACUUUUCUGUUCGAUCUUGUGUAUAAUGUGUAAAUAACGACAAUCAUUAAAAUAUUCUGAAUUAAUAAUC